AUGGCAGUGAUCCUGUCCUCGACUGCUGUGACCCCUGCCGUCUCCAACCUGGACAUCGAGAGUAAGCUGAGUGUGUACUACUGAGUGCCAUGGCACCAGCAGAGAAACAUCUUCCUUCCGGCCACGAGACUGCCCUGCAUGGAGGAGCUGCACUGCCACGCCCGGCAGAGCCUGCAAGCCCUGCACGGAGAGCACCGGAGCCAGAGCGACCGCCGAGAGCAGCGCGCCGCGCCCCCGGCUGUGGCAGUCCCGCCGCUGCCCGCCUACCCGCCAGCGCACAGCCAGAGGCGGCGCGACGUCAAGGACCGUCACUUCUUAACGUCCCAUCCCCUGGAGGACAAAGAUACAGAUGUCAUGUUAGGGCAGAGGCCGAAAAACCCCAUACACAAUAUCGCCUCGACACUGGACAAGCAGACCAACUGGAGCAAAGCAUUGCCUCUCCCAACGCCAGAGGAGAAGAUGAAACAAGAUGCCCAAGUGAUUUCUUCUUGCAUUAUUCCCAUCAAUGUCACUGGAGUUGGUUUUGACAGAGAGGUACGCUGCUCUCUUGUUCAUUCACAAUCCGUACUACAGCACAGACAAAAAUUGAGGAGAAGGAAAACCAUCUCGGGUAUCCCCAGAAGAGGCCAACAAGAAAUAGAUUCCGACGAAUUGCCAGUGGCCAGGGAAAGGAACGUGAUUGUGCACACCAAUCCAGACCCCUCUGGCGCUGCUAACAGGCGGUCCGGAACCAGGGACUCCGAGUGCCAGACUGAGGAUAUUCUUAUUGCUGCUCCGUCCAGAAGGAGAAUCAGAGCUGAAAGGGGUCAGAGCAUCGCUGCGUCCCUUUCUCAUUCUGCUGGCAACAUCUCCGCGCUGGCAGACAAAGGUGACACCAUGUUCACCGCUGAGGUGAGCAGCCACACGAGGUCUCAGAGCCUUCCUCGGGAGGGUAACAGAGGCGGAGAUGCUGAGCCCAAGGUCGGUGCUAAGCUCUCAGCGGAUGAAGAGGGGGAGGCCUUCAUGGGCAACUGUGAAAGGACCCCUGAUGGCGGCAGUGAGGCCCCAAGCAUCCCAAGCGCGCAAGAACACCAGCCUGCUCUGAGCCUGGCCUGUUCCCAACAUCUUCAUAGCACCCAGCACAAGUUAAGUGAGAGAGGCAGGUCACGGCUGGCCCGAAUGGCCACUGACUCUGGCAGCUGUGACAUCUCCUCCAACUCGGACACCUUUGGAAGCCCCAUCCACUGCAUCUCCGCGGCUGGCGUCCUCCUCAGCAGCCACAUGGACCAGAAAGACAACCACCAGUCGUCCAGUGGGAACUGGAGAGGGGGCAGCUCCACGUGCCCCUCACAGACCUCAGAGACCAUCCCUCCUGCAGCUUCUCCUCCCCUCACUGGCUCUUCGCACUGUGACUCGGAGUUGUCGCUAAACACAGCCCCUCAUGCUAAUGAGACCAUACUGUCAUUUUUAGACUCCUCUGUGGGUGAGAUUGGACCAGAUAAAGUACAGUUAGAAAAAAGACCUAUUUUUGAUGUGAAGAAUCAUUGUGAUCCAGAAACUGUCACCUCAGCUGGUAACAAUCUUCUAUAAGCAAAUGUCACAAAGGACCAAAUACAUAUGGAGAAUGAGCCUACUCCAGAAAACACAAGUAAAAACUGUGAUUUUCCCACAGAAGGGUUUCAGAGGGUCUCUACUGCCCACCCAAAUGAGUUUGAGGGUAAAAUCAUCCCAUAUGGGGCUGGGCUAGAUGGAACCCUAGAGCAGAUACAGAACGCAAUCUCUGUUGAUUGGGAGGAAGGUGCACAACCUGAAUCCGUGCAUGGCAUCACAUCUCAGUCAAACUCACCAACAAGAGCAACUGACCUGAGCAAUCAACUUAAGCAUCAACUGCACCGUGACAAAGUGCCUGGGAAUAUCAGCUGUGAAGCAGAGAUAUCAAUUGUCAAUUUAUUCCCUGACAAAUGUUCCAAGCAGGAAAAUACUGCUUCAGGUAUUUCAACCAAAAGUGCCUCUGAUAACAGCAGAGCAGAGGAAACCCAAGCAAGUGUAGAUGAGGCUUCAUUGAAAGAAUCGUCACCAAGUGAUGACUCCAUCAUUUCACCACUUAGUGAAGACUCUCGAACUGAAGUGGAAGCUGUGUUUGUGUCUCCAAACAAACCUCGAACAACUGAGGAUUUAUUCACAGUCAUUCACAGAUCCAAGAGGAAAGUACUGGGAAGAAAAGAUUCUGGGGACAUGUCCGUGCGCAGCAAAUCGCAAGUCUCCCUGGGUGGUGGUGGCAGUGGUGCCAGUUCUGUCACAUCACCCAGCAGCAGUGGGACAACUCCAAACAGCCAGAGGUCUCCUGGCCUCAUCUACCGAAAUGCCAAGAAGUCCAACACAUCAAACGAAGAGUUCAAGCUGUUGCUUCUCAAGAAAGGCAGCUGCUCCAACCCCAGUUACCACAUGUCUGCCACUGAGAUCCUCAGGAGCCCCAUUCUGCCCAAACCUCUCAGGGAUCUCACUGUGGACUCCCGUCCAAGCCCUGAUGAGGCCCAUCAGGGGUCUCCCGGGGCUGAGGCCUUGUCCCCGCUCUCUCCAUGUUCCCUGCGCAUCAACGCCGAGGGGUUUUCCUCCAAGAACUUUGCCACCUCGGCCUCAGCCAGGGUUGGACGGUCCUGGGCCCUCCCUGCAGCCAGCAGCAGCCAUUACAGCGUCCGCUGCUGGCUUUACAAUACUCCCAUGCAGGCCAUCUCCGAGGGAGAGAUGGAAAAUUCCGAUGGGAGCCCGCACGAUGACCGCUCCUCGCAGAGCUCAACAUAGGCUGCCCGGACCAGGCUGACUGGCAAACGUCAGAACCUUCCAGCAUAGAAGGAGCUGGGAAUGGAACCCAGGGCUCAGGAGAAGGCCGAAAGCUGUGGGCUACCAUCACUGCUGAUCAAUGAACUUCUAAAUGUAUGCUGGAGAAACGGAAGGUAGUUUAGUCAUUCCCUUAUGAUUUUACAUUUUUUAUAAGUAGCCGUACCCUCUGUCAUGUUUUUCUUCAGCUUAGUUUGAUUUACCCAAUCUCAUUCCUUUUGAUAAAAAAGAAUUCCAAAAGCUCUCGUUUUCACGAAGCCUACAAAAGGUUUUUCCCAGAGCUGCCUAUUCAGAAAAUCAAGCCCCUCGCUUUCACGACUCUGUAAGAAGAUUAAAUUACUCUGGAGGUUUGGUAUUUUUUUUACAUUAAAAUGAACUAAAGCAAAAUUUAGAAGAGAGAACUACACAUAUGUAAAUACCACAUUUUUGAUAAGAAUGUGUACAUAGAUUUAUCAAUGACGAGUGGACAUGUGGCCAAUUAUUUACCACACACCGUUUAUACAAAACAAAAAGAAAAUGUAAUAAUUGUAUUCCGUGAAUACCAUUUUAAUAUCAAAUACCAUAUUUGAAUGUCCACCAAUAUGAUUUCUCAGUGAUAAACCUCAAAUCUGAAUUUUAAACUGGUGAAAUAAAGGAAAUCUUGAGGUCAUGUCCUGAAAGGUGAUGAAUUUACAAUAACGAAUUCAGACCUAACCAUUUUUGUGACAAAUUUCAGCACCAAACAAGCUCAUAGCAGCGUGUGGCUGUGAUUUGCCAUGUGGUAAUUUGGACAGAAUGAAAAGCAUGCUUUGAUUUUUUUUUUUAAAUCAAUGAGCAAAGUCAUUGUUCUCGACACAAAGCCCUGAACAACAGCAUUUGACAGUGUCCUUUAGUCUUUAAUUUUUCAAUAGAUUGCUUUAAAGAGAAUGAGUAGGGAAAACAGUAGUUAAUUUUAGGUUAUGCUUUACGUUAGGCUACUGGGGAAAUACACAGUCAUAACGUAAUGACUAGAAUCUUCAACUUCUGGAGCAGUUUAGCAAUUAGCCCCAGGUUCUUAAACUAAGGAAAAUAAAACCACAAGCAUGUCACAGGGCUGUUGAUUUAUCAGUAAGUACCUGCAAUGAGUUUUCAGUGAAGCUUUCUCUCUGCGCUGAUGAGAUUCAUGCUACCUAAAAAUUAAUAGAAAUGACACUGUGAAAAAUGUAGCUGGGCAACAGGUAUGUAUAUGCAUUAUUUAUAUUCACUGUUAACCUGGGAACGGGGAACAGCUUUGGUCCACAAUGCUACAUACAACUGUAUUUGGUCUGGUCUUACUCUAUCUGCUCGAUGGCAAAA